AUGGGUUACACGUCGGGCGUGCGUCGGCGUCGGCGGCUGCCGUGUCCUGUGAUCAGCAUCGGCAAUCUCACCCUCGGUGGCACGGGGAAGACGCCACUCACCGAAUGGACAGCACAGUGGUAUCAGCGUCAAGGCUGGCGUGUGGCGGUGUUGAGCCGGGGAUACGGCGGCACGUCAACCGAGCAGCCGCAGGUCGUGUCGGCGGGCGAUGGACCCGUGACGGAUUGGCGCACCGCGGGCGAUGAAGCCUUUCUCCUGGCCCACCGUUUGCCGGGGGUGCCGGUGCUUGUCGGGCGCAACCGUUAUGCGAGUGGCCUUUACGCCUGUGAACGAUUCGGCGCGCAGGUGCUGGUGCUCGACGACGGGUUCCAGCAUCACGCCUUGCACCGCGAUUGCGACAUCGUGUUGAUUGACGCCAGCAAUCCGUUCGGCCACGGCGCUCUGCUGCCGCGCGGCACGCUGCGCGAGCCGCUGCACGCAUUGCGGCGGGCGCAGGUCAUCGUGCUGAGCAGGAUUGAAACGGCCGGGGACGAGGUGCCGGGGCUUUGCGAGCAGAUCAGGCGCUACGCCGGCCGGCAACCGAUUUACCGCAUGGCCGUCAGCCCACACGACCUGUAUCGCCAAGACACAGGCUGCUCAGUGGAUGCGUCCUGGCUUCAGCAGCGCCGCGUGGUGGCGUUCGCGGGUCUUGGCAAUCCGCGAGCCUUCUCUGCCAGCCUCGCGCAGUGCAGGGCGCGGGUAGCGGCGUUUCUGGCGUUCCCGGAUCAUCAUCCCUAUACCUCGGCAGACUGGCAGGCCAGUUUGCGAUGCUGCUCGCCGCGAGGGAGCGGAAGCCUUGGUCACCACGGAGAAAGACGCCGUUCGUCUCGAUGCGGCCUGGCCGCCGCCGGUACCGCUUUACACGCUGCGCAUCUACGUCGAACUUACCCCACACGAUCCGCCGUUAACCACCCAUCUGGACGCGCUCAUGCAUCAUGCAACGCCUUGCUGAAUCUUUUGCCAACGGCCUGCUCGCGGCGGUGA